AUGGCAGCAUCCAAUCAUUCUUUUCAUGAACUCAGUCCUGAAGUAAAAGCAUUGUUAACGAUUGAAACUUUCAGAGAAAACGUCUCAACAACAGACUUUAUUGAGCGCAUCUCGUCAAGUGUACUUGGUUAUUCAAACACUGAUGCCACCCAUAAUAGUACUAUCUUUGAUCCCAAACCAUUUAUUCGUACGUUCGAGUCUGUAUUAGAGGAGCUUCAAGAAUUAAGGUUGAGAGUACAGCAACAGUGCCAUGAGUUGGAAAAGAGUACGCAGAAUGCAGAAGUGGAAUAUAAGCAAAGUAUUACAGAUCUCCAGGGAGCUUUUGAUGAUGUUUAUAGAUCCUAUGAUAGUUUGGAAAGUAGAAUUAAUGACGUUGGCAAAACAGCGAUCCGUAUCGGCGAACAGUUAGAGACAAUCGAUAAAGAAAGAUCAAAGGCAUCAGAAAGCCGAGAUAUCAUCGAGUACUACAUGGAGUUUCAGGACGGGAACUCUGAAAGAUUGGAAACAUUGCGUCAGAGUGGAGACGAAGGCCAACUCAAGACGGCUAUUGUUGGCAGAAGAUUAAGUGCUAUUGCCAAGGAGAUCGACAAUGACCCCGAAGCAAAGCUGGCCAUUGAAAAGUUCUGUGAGAGUUUUGAAAAGGAAAUCCUAGAAGAUUUCGACAGAGCCUAUGAAGAAGGUGACCCUAGAGCCAUGGCCCACUGCGCAAAAGUACUAUUUGAAUUUAAUGGGGGUGCUUCAUGCAUACAAAUCUAUGUCAAUCAACAUGAAUUUUUCAUGUCAAAUUUAAAGAUGGAUACGGAGCCAGUCGAGGGUGAUCUCGAGGAUAACCCAGAAUUGUCUAAUCCUAAUGUACCUCCACCCGAAGUCGACACAAGCCUUGUUAAGCUAUACGACGAUAUUCGUAUUACCGUGCGUCGGGAAGCAGGCAUUAUCUCUAGUGUAUUUCCUCAACCCGCUACCGUCAUGCGCGUAUUGCUCCAGAGAAUUUUUGCUCAAUCCAUACAAGAUCAGAUAGAAGCUUUAUUGACUCGAGCCGAGGGUUACUCACAUCUAGCCUAUCUUCGUACAUUGGCCUCCACUCAUGCUGAAACGAAAAGAUUGAUUGAGAACCUAAAGUUCUAUUGCGAUAAAGAAGUUUCGUUAAAAGAUACAGCAGAUGUCAAAGGGCUUGUCGCUUCAGCUUCCCCUGAUGAAACGUUGGAUAGAUGUAUGGACGACUUGUUCGUGCCAUACACAGAAGGAAAUCGUUAUAUUAAGAAGGAAGUAGAAUGCCUCAUUGAACUUUUUGGGCAAAUCAUUGCAGACUUUUUGAACGCCAUGCAACAGCGCAAGUUGACCUCAUCCAGAAAUCAAUCUGUAUUGACGCGAACGUUGAAUCAAAUUUCAGCUACAACCUCGAAUAGCAUCUUAUCUCCUUCGACACCCACAUCCAUUACAAACCACAGCAGUAACCGUACUUCUACGCGCCCUCAACCCAUGAAUAUAACCAUUGUCGAUGCCAACGGCUUUACCUUAUUGUCAAAUGAUGCAGUUAUGAGAAUGUUGAAUAUCCACGCGGAAGCCAUAUUGCGUUGUGUUGAAUUGGAAGAUUCUCAGCAAAUGCAAACAACAUUAAAGACGAUCUACGAGGUCCUUAUUGACUAUAUGGGUCAAAAAUAUUUGGACAUUGCAUUAGACGAUGUCUUGGAUGAUCUCAGUAAUGUAGUAAAGGAACCCGAACUCGUUUGUUUCUCAGUUAUCAACUGUGCCUCGAGCAUCAUGAAAUUGAUGCAAAAGCAUUUUGAGACAGCUAUACUGCCACUCAUUAUCAACAAUCCUACGAUGCAUAGAAAUAUCUUGGCCCUAAAAAACAGUUUCUUGGCCAAGCUCGAGCGCAAAAUCAACGCUGUGCUACAAAGAACCGUCAGAGGCAUCACCUACUGGUUAAAUGAUAUUUUGAGUCGACAAAAGCGAUAUGACUUUAGACCGAAAGAGGAGGAAGAUGCUAUGAUGAAUAUGGGAACACAGCCGUGUUUGCAAAGUAUAGACUUUAUCACACGAAUCUAUCAAGCAGCCUCCACAUCUUUGCAAGGCAAAAAUUUAGAAACCUUUUUGAAGCAUAUCGGAAACGCUUUUCACACUAUGCUACUAGAGCAUUUUAAGAAGUUUUAUGUCACGCCUACGGGAGGUAUUUUGGUGACCAAGGAUAUUGCCAAAUAUCAGGAUACUAUCAAGUUAUUCAAAAUACCUAGUCUCGAUGAAAGGUUUGAAAUGCUUAGACAAUUAGGCAAUAUCUUUGUUGUGAAGCCUGAAAUCUUGAAAUCCAUACUAUCAGAAGGUUAUCUAGCAAGACUGGAUUCGACAGUGCUGUAUCCAUACCUUGAAAAGAGAAUUGAUUUCAAAACUGCCAAGCUUGAUCGGUUAUUGGGCAUUUCAAUAGAUGAUGCAAACUCAAUGGACAAUACAACCAACGCGCAAACAACAGUAACUGCAGAUACAAAUUCUACUUCUGCAGUUGCUCGCGACAAUGGCCAAAACAGAACCCAAAGGAGGUCAUUAUUUGUGAACGAUAACGAGGUGUUGAGAGAUAUGAUGAAAAACUAUUCUAAACGUACUGAUUUUUUAUCAACGUUUAAUUUAUCCUGA